AUGCCAAAAAAGCGCUGGGCGAACCCUCGCCCUGGAGGACCUCGCAGGGAUGCGCCUCAAGGUGCUCCACCUUCACUUGAUUGCCCUUCUAGCAGCAGUACUGCACCUGACGUUUCGAAAGUGCCGAAAUCCUACCUCCCUGACCCCUCCAACCCAGCUUACCAGAAGAGUGAGAGCGCGUUGAGCACCCAUGGGGGGGAUCUGACGGAAAAGGAAGAAGAUCCUGGCUCUCCCCCCCCGAUACUUCUGCACAGUAUACGCACGUCCAAUGGAAGUGACUCUGCCUCACUGGAAGUUUCACAGGAAGAUGCAUGCGCCUUUCAUAGUCCGCGUAGCUUGCCAGGAGACUCACCAGAUGCAGGGGGGUCCGUGAUACCUGUUCUGCCGGAAGCACAACCCAGCAGCCGAUGUGCUGACACCGUGGAUAGCGCUAAACACCUCCGAAGACUGUGUGAAAGGUCCGGUGAGUCAUGUUGCGGCAGCCUAACUCAGCUGUCGAAACUAAAGAACCUGCAGGUCUCCAGUCCUAGUGGGCAAGAGGCACAGCGGAACCAAACGGACGAAGCGCAGCACGAACAGCCGCAAACCCCAGUUUUAUCCCCACAGCAACGGUUGCCAUCAGAGCAGAAGAAGGUGACAACGGUUAGCUGUGCGGAAGCAGCUUUGUCCAGGAUUUCUCCGGUAAGCGAGAGUGAGGGCGAGUGGAUUCGCGUUGAAGAGCCUCGCGAUCAGGAUACAGAAGCGGCUGACCGGGAAGAAAGGAAGGGUAGCCUCCUGUAUCCACCCUCUUCUGCUGCAACAGAGACUUAUGCGUCUUUACUUACCUCUCCUGCCUUUGAGGCUAUGCCAGAACAAGCCGCUGGGUACCCCAUUUGUAUCGGUAGUGCCGCCCAAGCGGGAGAUGGCGCUGGCGCAGAAAACAGCAGCUUAGGGUCGCUCGGCGGAAUAGGAUACAGAGAAACUAUUGAAUCAGGCUGUGGGGAUGCAUUUAGCUUCCCAGAAGCUCUAAUAGGGACGAAUUCUGUCAAAGCAAACCGGAAGGGUCUGUUUUCUCGCCUAUCCCUGUAUGCCAAAUCCAUAGCUGGUUCUUUUACCUUCCAUUGUGGUGAGCAGCAGGAGGAGGCCACGAGCCCAGGUGAAGGAAACGAAUUUACCAAGGCUCCUGAUUCCCGGGGAGAACUGAGUGAGCCCGAGUUCCCUGCAAAACAGAGACCGUGGAGGAAAGAGAGACUGCUGCAGGGCGUGUUUGAGUGGCACCGCUGUAUCCUUGAGAUGUAUGGCGGGGCCGUUGAGGAUGUCACAAGACUCGCCUUGCAGGUUCUGCCUGCCCAUGCAACAGAUGAUCAGAGUGAGCGGCGGUUUCUGAUCAUUCAGGGACUCUUUGACGUCUUCUGUAUCUAUCGCUCCCACUUCCUUUCCCCUCCAGGGGGGUUGCUACAGGCCGAGGCGCUGCACCACCAGUGGAAGCUUCGCAGAGAAUGUUCGUUGGAGACUUCUGAGGUUUCAAGACUUGCGGAUGUAUCCCGAACUACUGCGAUGCCUUUUCUUGACGGACCACCUGCGGAAAGACAAGAAAAAACUGUAGACGGCCUGCCAACCUCCGUCCGGCUUGCGCUUUAUGAAAUGAUUUCUCUUACACUGAAGGUAGUCCGUGCGUUGCAGCUUGUACUGGAGGUCAGCGCUCUGCGGCGAGGAGGAGAAGGCCCGCGAUUUGCUCUGUGCCUUCGACUGGAAUUGCUUAAACUCGUGCUUAAGCUGAUAAUCCGCGCUCUUACCCCCUUUGCCUUCUACUGCGACGAACACAGCAUAUAUCAGGCUUUGGCGACGCAGAAGGAAAAGCAGACAAUCUCUGAUAGCGAGAAGCUGCGGCCCUUUUACGGAAGGCGCACCGGCAGGAAAAUACCGUCCCUUCCAUCAGCAGCGCGCCAAGUAGCCAACGAUCAUCAGGCAGCGAUUUCUGCAGCUGCGGAACGGCAGCUUCCUCGGCAGUGGGCGCUUCUCGUGGCUGUGUGGCUAUUCAAUGAGCUUAAGGCCAAUGCUUCCCCCUGCCGUCUACGCGUUCUUUUCAACCUCCUGCGCUCCACCGCUUGGAGGCCCUUUUUGGCAGAGGUUCUGUACCAUAUUCGCCCUUUUAUUUACCUUUAUCUUCUAAGACGGGCCAGGAAUACCAAGUCGUGGACUCCAUGGCUGGUUGCCACAUUCAUCGAAGCGAACUCAAUCUCGCUGCUGCAUGGGUCUCCCCAAGUUAUGGAGCACCUGUCCCCUGUUGAGGCUGCGGAGCUUCACCGCCGACUAGCGGGGCUGCCCUACGCUUUACUGCGCCCUCCGUUUUUCGACAAGUUGCUGGCUCGGCCUAUCGAGGCUGUGGACUUCGUGGUUCGGCGAGUGCCGCUUCUUAACCAUUUCAAGUGA